CUCAGAAAGAGUUAAACCAAUCGACGACUCGCAUAAUUCCUACCCAACUUAAAAACAAAUCAAGCAAGCGGAUGAGACAAAUGCAUUGAUUCACAUGUUCCCUGCUCUCAAACGUUAAAUUCUUAAUCAGAAGAAGAGGAAGAAGCGCCGAUCAGGAUUAGGGCUUGACAGAAUUGGAAUUGAUUGGCGACAAAACAUGAUGCAGAGCGAAACUGUGAGCAGCGCCGAGGAGCAGGAAAAAUGGCUGGCCGAGGGCAUCGCAGGCCUCCAACAGAACGCCUUUUACAUGCAUCGUGCCCUGGAUUCAAAUAAUCUCCGUGAUGCCCUAAAAUAUUCGGCUCAGAUGCUUACGGAGCUCAGAACUUCUAGGCUCUCCCCGCACAAGUAUUAUGAACUAUAUAUGAGAGCCUUUGAUGAGCUGAGAAAACUGGAGAUUUUCUUCAUAGAGGAGACAAGACGGGGAUGCACUGUUAUUGACCUCUACGAACUCGUACAACAUUCUGGAAAUAUUUUGCCUAGAUUGUAUCUCCUUUGCACAGUGGGAUCUGUGUACAUCAAGUCAAAGGAGGCACCAGCUAAAGAUGUUCUGAAAGAUCUUGUUGAAAUGAGUCGAGGAAUUCAGCAUCCCAUUCGUGGUCUUUUUUUACGGAGUUACUUGUCCCAGGUCAGCAGGGACAAACUACCAGAUGUUGGAUCUGAUUAUGAAGGGGAAGGGGGAACUGUAAUGGAUGCGGUAGAGUUUGUGCUUCAGAAUUUCACAGAAAUGAAUAAACUUUGGGUCAGGAUGCAGCAUCAGGGACCUAUUCGGGAGAAGGAGAAACGGGAGAAGGAAAGGAAAGAGCUUCGUGAUCUUGUGGGAAAGAAUUUGCACGUGCUUAGCCAGAUUGAAGGCGUGGACCUGGAUUUGUACAAAGACACUGUGCUUCCUAGAGUUUUGGAGCAGGUUGUUAACUGCAAAGAUGAGAUUGCACAAUAUUAUCUCAUGGAUUGUAUAAUUCAAGUAUUUCCAGAUGAUUAUCAUUUACAAACUUUGGAAACACUUCUCAGUGCUUGCCCUCAACUUCAGCCAACUGUUGAUAUAAAGACGGUGAUGUCUCAAUUGAUGGAACGCCUAUCAAAUUAUGCUUCUUUAAGCCCAGAGGUUAUGCCAGAAUUUUUGCAAGUAGAAGCUUUUACCAAGUUGAGUAUUGCAAUUGUUAGGAUUAUAGAAGCACAACCAGACAUGCCAAUUGUUGGAGCUAUUAGUCUGCAUGUAUCAUUGCUUACAUUCACGCUUCGUGUUCAUCCUGAUCGGCUUGAUUAUGUGGAUCAAGUGCUGGGAGCCUGCGUUAAGAAACUUGCAGGAAAAGGCAAGGUUGAUGACAACAGAGCAACAAAGCAAAUUGUUGCUCUUCUUACUGCCCCACUAGAUAAAUACAAUGAUGUAAUGACAGCCCUAAAAUUGACCAACUAUCCUCGAGUAAUGGAGCAUCUUGACUACGAGAGAAACAAACAGAUGGCAGCGGUUAUUAUUCAGAGUGUCAUGAAGAAUAAUACAUGCAUAUCAGAAGCAGAUAAGGUAGAGGCAUUGUUUGAGUUGAUUAAAGGAUUAAUCAAGGAAACUGCUGGAGCACCUUCUGUGGAUGAGCUUGAUGAAGAAGAUUUCAAGGAAGAGCAGAGUUGGGUAGCAAAACUUAUUCAUAUGCUUGUGAAUGAAGAUCAUGAAGAGAUGCUAAAGAUUAUUACAACUGUAAGGAAACAUAUUCUUCAAGGUGGCCCACGCCGCCUAUCAUUUACAAUUCCGCCUCUGGUAUUUUCAGCAUUGAAGUUGGUUAGAGCGCUACCAGGUCAAGAGGGAGAAGGUGAAGAAGGACCAGUGACUCCCAAAAAGAUUUUUCAGUUUUUACACCAGACAAUCGAGGCUUUGUCAGUUGUGCCAGCAUCAGAAUUAGCAUUGCGAUUAUACUUGCAAUGUGCUGAGGCGGCCAAUGAUUGUGAUCUUGAACCGGUUGCAUAUGAAUUCUUCACGCAGGCAUUUAUAUUGUAUGAGGAGGAAAUUGCGGAUUCAAAGGCACAAGUGACUGCAAUCCAUUUGAUUAUAGGGACUCUGCAGAGGAUGAGUAUAUUUGGAACAGAGAAUAGAGAUACGCUAACCCAUAAAGCUACUGGGUAUUCAGCAAAGCUGCUUAAGAAACAGGAUCAAUGCAAGGCUGUUUAUGCAUGUUCCCAUCUUUUCUGGGUUGAAGAUGAAGGUGGAGUAAAGGAUGGAGAAAGGGUUCUUCUGUGUCUUAAGAGGGCUUUAAGGAUAGCUAAUGCCGCUCAACAAAUGUCCAGUGUGACAAGAGGAAAUAGUGGGCCUGUGACCCUUUUUGUUGAGAUUCUGAACAAGUAUCUUUAUUUUUUUGAGAAAGGAAACCCACAGAUAACAAGCAAUAUUAUUCAAGGUCUUAUAGAGCUGAUAGUCACAGAAAUGCAAAGUGAGAGCACAACUCAAGAUGCAUCUACGGAUGCUUUUUUCAACAGCACCUUACGUUAUAUUCAGUUCCAAAAGCAGAAGGGAGGUUCCAUGGGUGAGAAAUACGAAGCAAUUCAAGCAUGAGAUUUGAAAUUGGUUUUUUUUGGUUACAACCCUUCCAGGACAAUCAAAAUGGAUAUUCACUAACACAUCGAGGUUGGAAACCAGUUUUUGUUUUCACCAUAAAACCGAUUUAAGCCUAGUUGUACUGGCUUUGUUCCAAUUUGUGUUUGACUUGUAUAGGUAAUGUGUUUGAUCAGUUUUAAGAGCUGAAGCUCACAAAAGCAAAUAUUCUUUUCUGCACCAUCGAGCAUGAGACCAAGGCUUGUGCAUUAUCAUGAUUUUAGCAUAACUGUUUUAUAUACCACUGGUAGUAGUAUUUUGAUUGUUUCAAGAGAGCAUUCACUUUGAGGAAUGCUACGCUGUCUAUUUCUGGGUAAUGCCAUGUGUAAUUAUUGAGUGCAAUUAUAUUGUGGGGGGUCUCUUUUUCCUUCUAAGCAAGUUUGCAAUUUAAUGGUCAACUUUUCUGACCAAUCAUAUUUUUAGCAA